AUGUCGGCGCCCCUGCCCAGUCAAGUGGGUGGACCCAGGCCCACCUAUGACGGCGCCCCUGCCCAGUCAAUCAAGUGGGUGGACCCAGGCCCACCUAUGACGGCGCCCCUGCCCAGUCAAGUGGGUGGACCCAGGCCCACCUAUGACCGCGCCCCUGCCCAGUCAAUCAAGUGGGUGGACCCAGGCCCACCUAUGACCGCGCCCCUGCCCAGUCAAGUGGGUGGACCCAGGCCCACCUAUGACGGCGCCCCUGCCCAGUCAAUCAAGUGGGUGGACCCAGGCCCACCUAUGACGGCGCCCCUGCCCAGUCAAGUGGGUGGACCCAGGCCCACCUAUGACGGCGCCCCUGCCCAGUCAAUCAAGUGGGUGGACCCAGGCCCACCUAUGACGGCGCCCUGCCCAGUCAAGUGGGUGGACCCAGGCCCACCUAUGACGGCGCCCCUGCCCAGUCAAGUGGGUGGACCCAGGCCCACCUAUGACGGCGCCCCUGCCCAGUCAAUCAAGUGGGUGGACCCAGGCCCACCUAUGACGGCGCCCCUGCCCAGUCAAGUGGGUGGACCCAGGCCCACCUAUGACCGCGCCCCUGCCCAGUCAAUCAAGUGGGUGGACCCAGGCCCACCUAUGACCGCGCCCCUGCCCAGUCAUGUGGGUGGACCCAGGCCCACCUAUGACGGCGCCCUGCCCAGUCAAGUGGGUGGACCCAGGCCCACCUAUGACCGCGCCCCUGCCCAGUCAAUCAAGUGGGUGGACCCAGGCCCACCUAUGACCGCGCCCCUGCCCAGUCAAGUGGGUGGACCCAGGCCCACCUAUGACCGCGCCCCUGCCCAGUCAAUCAAGUGGGUGGGCCCAGGCCCACCUAUGACCGCGCCCCUGCCCAGUCAAGUGGGUGGACCCAGGCCCACCUAUGACCGCGCCCCUGCCCAGUCAAUCAAGUGGGUGGACCCAGGCCCACCUAUGACCGCGCCCUGCCCAGUCAAGUGGGUGGACCCAGGCCCACCUAUGACCGCGCCCCUGCCCAGUCAAGUGGGUGGGCCCAGGCCCACCUAUGACCGCGCCCUGCCCAGUCCAGUGGGUGGACCCAGGCCUAUGACCUCCAUGGACCGCCCCCUGCCCAGUCAAGUGGGUGGACCCAGGCCCACCUAUGACCGCGCCCCUGCCCAGUCAAUCAAGUGGGUGGACCCAGGCCCACCUAUGACGGCGCCCCUGCCCAGUCAAGUGGGUGGACCCAGGCCCACCUAUGACCGCGCCCCUGCCCAGUCAAUCAAGUGGGUGGACCCAGGCCCACCUAUGACCGCGCCCCUGCCCAGUCAAGUGGGUGGACCCAGGCCCACCUAUGACGGCGCCCCUGCCCAGUCAAGUGGGUGGACCCAGGCCCACCUAUGA